AUGAAAACGAAAUUAACGUCAGUGACUUACCUUGGAUUUACAGCUUUGGACAUGAGAUUCUCAAAUACCAUGUUACCCUGGUUGCUAAAGGAAAUUAAGGCUACUGGUGUUUCCGAUAAGUUGAGUAUCGCUGUUGAGGAUGGCUGCUUGAAGGCGUAUAACAGAAACUUUGAACCAAUAAUCGUUCACAGGCUCGUCGAUAUAAUCAGGGCUUGCCAAGUCCCAGGUGUUCCAGAGGAGCUGUUCUACAUACUACUGAAUGAGAAGGAGGGUCUGCUCCACUGUUACCUGUUUAGGGCUUCCACAGUUCGUGAGAUCGUGAGGUCCACUGUAGGAGGCACUGUAUUGGAUGUAGAGCCAGUAGGACUGCCAAAGAGGCGGUGA